UACUUCGUCUUCCAACGCUUAACAUUUUGCUCCGUUUCCUCAGACAACAUGAACCCAAAGCUUGUCUUUCCCGUGCUGGUGGCGUGUUUGGCCUUUGGUGCGGCCGACUUGGUGGGAGGUCUGACAGAUGCAGACAUCAAUGAUCCAAGAGUACAAGAUGCCCUGCUGUACUUUGCAGGUAAUCACAACAGGAGAAGCAACAGCUUGUUCCUCAGUCAAGUGACCAAAGUGAUGAAGGCUCAACAACAACAGGUGGAUGAUGGCAUGAUGUACCGUUUCACGGUGCAAAUGAGGAAGACCCCGUGCAGAAAAGCCGGUCCUGACCAGCGAUGCCCCGUCUACCAAGACCGUAAAAAGGCUCCGCCUUACCAGUGCACAUUUGAGGUGCUGACUCGAGUGUGGUACCAUUUUUAUGAGCUGAAAGAAAGCACGUGCAACUAACGCGAGAACAACAAGAACCAUACGGCAGUAGAAAGAACUACACAGCAUCCUCUCGUCUGUUCGACCGGAAGUCUCACUAACAUUUUAACCUUAUGUCUCGUAAUUUUUAACAACUGCAAAUGUCCUAUGUAGCUUUGCUUUGCGCAGACGUAUCAACUAACUAUGCAAGACAAUGCAGAUAUUAAACCUAUUAAUAAAAAGAUUACUCAUGCAUCCCAUCUGGUCUUAAUCGAUUUGCAUUUUCAAAUGAGUUCUCGUUAAUCCUUAAACCCUAUCACAUAUCGCAAAAAGAAUUAA